AUGCAAUUUCGUGGCUUAGAUAAAAAGGAACUAGAUUUAGUUUUAAUGGGUCAACUUAUAGCAUUUGAAUAUAAUCAAACAAAUGAAAAUACUAAUCAGAAAUUUAAUUAUCAAUUUAAUAAUGAUAUUAAACUCUGUGAAAAUGCAUAUCUUAAGUUAAUUAGGGUUGGAAAAGAUCAUCUUAUUCAAAUUAAUAAGAGUUUAAAAACAAAAGGGUUAGUUGAACGAUUACAUGGCAAUACAAAUAAUUAUGCUAAUAUUCACAGGUAUUCUUCUCCAAAUCGACAUUUACAAUAUGACGCACAAUCAAUAAUUUACUUGCCAACUAAUGAAGACUAUACUAAA